UCACAUUCCCGCCUACCGAGGAGAUCAAGUUUGAAUGAACAACAGCAGUCUGUUCAAGGAGUAGUAGUUGCAAUUUCAGUAAAAAAUACUUUUACGUCUGUAUACUUUGUUUAUAAAAUCGGUGGACUGGUUUUCUCAAGAUGGAUAUGAAGAAAAGAAUUCAUCUAGAAUUGCGGAAUCGCACGCCAUCUGAUGUGAAAGAACUGGUGCUUGAUAACUGUCGCUCAAACGAAGGCAAAAUUGAGGGCCUCACAGAUGAAUUUGAAGAGUUGGAAUUUCUAAGCACAAUCAACGUUGGGCUGACGUCGGUCUCCAACUUGCCGAAGCUGAACAAGCUGAAAAAACUUGAACUCAGCGACAACAGGAUCUCAGGUGGGCUGGACGUACUGGCGGAGAAAUGUCCAAACCUCACACACCUAAACCUCAGUGGCAACAAAAUGAAAGACCUCAGCACGAUAGAACCUCUGAAAAAAUUAGAGACCCUCAAAAGCUUAGACUUGUUCAACUGCGAGGUGACCAACCUCAACGACUACAGGGACAACGUGUUCAAGCUCCUCCCCCAGUUGACGUAUCUCGACGGCUAUGACAAAGACGACAAGGAGGCGCCCGAUUCGGACGCAGAGGCCUAUGUGGAGGGACUGGAUGAUGACGAUGACAGUGACGAGGUAGACGAGGAGGAGGAAGAGGAUGAGGAUGAAGAUGCCCCACCAAGAAAAGAGGAUGAUGACGAUGAGGAAGGUGAAGAAGAGGAAGAGGAGGACCUAAGUGGAGAGGAGGAAGAGGAGGAGUUGGACGGCAAGGAGAGUGAUGAGGAUAACGAAGAAGAGGAGCGAGGCCUGAAGAGGAAAAGGGAUCUAGACGAGGAAGCAGAGGAGGAGGAAGAUGACUGAGGAUGUGCUCAUCACCAAGCUAUGUUCUGAUCAGACUGUUUUAACCUUGUAUCCCCUCUGUAUUUGUCAGUUGUCAUAUAUUGCAGUAGGCAUGGGUAGUGUCAUGGGCCAGCUGGGUAAAGGGUUGGUGUAAGGAAACAAGUUGACAUUUGAUUAUUUUUUUCUUAUAUUUUUUUUUGUACCUUUUUUGAUUCCUUGUAUUCUACUCAUAUCUGUCCCCUGCAAACCACUGGAAGGACAGAAGAGAACACUUCCUAAAAGUCCCGAUAUUAUUGGCUCUAACCUUUGUAAAGGUUUUGUUUUCUCAGUGAUAUUGAUACCUUCCUGUGGAAACAGAUUUCUGAUGAUGAUUUAUGUAUUUAAAGAGACAAACUUACCAAAAAACCUUUUAGAAGUGCAUGUCUGAAAUAGAUUUUAAAGUCGACUACUGGAUUUGAAGUAUGACAGUUUCCUAUAGCCUUUUCUUAUUCGCUGUCUUUUUCUUUCAGUGGACAUGAAGCGUUUUGUGGUGUCAUCCGUGUGUCGUUGUAUGUGCUGUUUUCAUCAUGGAACGGGUGUUGAAACGUUCAUAGAAUGGACUGUAUACAGGGCAUCUUUUUAAGCAGAGUAAAGAAUGUCUGCCUUUGUCACAAUGCUUCUCCUUAACCCCUAGCUUUGAUAGUUCGGAAAUGACCUGUUAUUUGUAAAUACUGACCAAAUCUAUUUUUUUUCUAUUACUCUUUGAUAAUGGCAGACAUUUACACUUAAUUAAUUGUAACGAUGAACUGUAGUAAGAUAUUGAAUAUCUGUGCAGCCGUACCCUAAAAUAGGCUAAUUGAAUCUGGUACACGAUUUCCAUUUUCACCCAAUUCUAUUCACAGAAAUACUCACUGAAUCCAAAUUUGUUAUUGCUGUCCAACUCUUGGAGUCCAUAUUCGUUCCCCACCUAUAUAAUACACCGCUGGGCAAUGUGCAAAGAAAACACCUUUUGCAUUUUCUUUUGUUAAAGCAUAGGGCAGUUCGUGGUCAGAUAGACCUACCUCAGUCAUGUUCCCCUUACAUGUUUAACCCACUGUCAUCAAAGCUAAUUCCUCACCAUGAGACAAACUUUUGAUUUCCUCCCUUUUCACUUCAAUAAAUAUUUUUUUUUUAUACAA